AUGUUGAUAAAGGAAGGUAAUUUAAAGUCGCUCUUUGGAUCCACUGCUUUAGUAGGGGCUAUUCUGUUUAUCGCUCCUUUCAUACAUGUAAUGACCAAGUUCUACUUCACACUGAAAAAAAAGCUUCAGACAGAAAUUGACAGAAAUACCCUCAGUGCCAAGCUGGGUUUCAUGCACUUUGUGAAAGAAUUAGUGGGAACCAUAGCGAAUUUCCUCCAGUUCCUGGGAUGGAUAGAGAAGCGAGAGAUCCUGGUGGUCCUGAAGAUCAUCAAUUUGGACAGGUGCACUCAGGACAAAGUGGUGGAUGUUCUGGAUGCCAUAAACAUACUUCUUUCCGAGAAGGAUGCCCCAUUUAUCUCCAUCUUGGCUGCUGAUCCAAGCAUCCUUGUGGAAUGUAUUCAAAGAGAAAAGAAACACACGAAUGGCUACUUGUACUUAGACCGAAUUGUGUCCCUGCCCUUCUCCCUGCCGCAGAUGACUCCCAAGGACAAAUUAAGGCUGGUCAAUGAGAUUCUGAAGGUGGAUUGUCAUGCAUGCUCUUGCGAAGAAAGCAACAUCAGGAUCACGGUGGUAGGCUUAGAAGACCCCAGCUGUAGCGAAAAGUUAAUUAUCUGUAAGCACCUGAUGAAUAACGAAUACAUCCCAGGGAAUUCUGCACAACUGAAGAGGGUGGUGAACACAGUCCUGACCAUCUUGUCCAUCACCAAGAUGGAAUCGAAGGCUCCUUGGAAAUAUGAGGAAAGAAUCAGCAUUGAAGAACUGAUAGACUGGGUUGUUCUUUCCAACUGCUGGCCUUGCCGCCUGUGCUGGAUUUUGCAAUGUGAGGAAGAUGCCAGACAGCAAAGAAAGCUUGAGGAAAACCAGAAGGAGGAAGCAGAUAGAAAAGAAGGAAGCCAACUAUGGAGGGAAGAAGAGGGAGAUGGCAAAACAUUACUGGAGAUUUACAAUGACAAUGAGCCAGCACUGGCUAAGAUUAAGAAGGAUAUAAAAAGACUUCUGGAACUGGAUGGCGAUCCUGAUCUUUUCAGAAACUUCUUGGCCACCAGGUCCCAGAUCACAGCAAAGUGGGCGAGAUAUUUGGCACAUUUCCUGGUCAGUUUGGAUUUCUCUUUGAAAAGGCCAUUUGAGUUGCUACGGGGCCUGAACAGCAUAACAGCAGAGGAAGAAACAAGUCACCAUCCAUUGAGAACAGUGUCGCAACAAGAAAUCAAAAUCCCAACAGUUUGAAAACACAUAUGCUUAGCAGCCAAGACAGUCCUCCUAAGCUGUGCUAGACAGACCAGUGGAAGUUGUAUCUAGAUGGCACUAGGCUGAGCUAAGUGAUUUGAUCUUUGCCUCUUAUAAUUACUGUAAAUCCACAAU